AUGGAAAAUGUGUCGGCUACGAUCUUUGCCUCUGCAAUUCCUCUUGCUUUUGAUGGCGAAUACUGCGACCAGAGCACAAAAGCAAACAUAAAUCCUCCAAGAUUUAACGACACUUUUUAUAGUGCAACCAUUGUGGAAAAUUCUCCUGUAGGAACAGUGAUUUUACAAGUAAAAGCCAACGAUACAGAUUCAGGAAGAAACGGUCAGAUAUUUUAUGCCAUACUUGGUGAUGAUAACGUAGAAAGUAUUCUUACCAUUGGCGGACAAUCUGGAAAGGUUUACAUCGCAAAGAAGCUGGAUUUUGAGACAAUUGAGAUGAAAUCAUUCAAUGUCACCCUGGUUGCUGCGGAUAAUGGAUAUCCACAGAAAUCUGGAAUCGCUACUGUGCAGAUAGCAGUAAUGGAUGAAAAUGACAAUUGUCCGACCUUCAUCGAGCCACCAGGAGAUCUAAAACUAGAAUUCCUUACACUCAUACCUGGAGAAACCGUAACCAAAAUUUCUGCAAUUGACUUGGACAGUGGAGUAAACAGCUAUAUAACUUAUAGCUUAUCCAAAAAUGACGCGUUCUCUAUUGAUCCCAAAACUGGUGUAGUUACCGUGGUGUCCCACCUGACAAAGAAAGUUCAUUAUCUCACUGUUAGUGCCAGUGACAAUGGGGACGUUUCUUGCAUAACAGACAUCAGUUUGACAGUUGAAAUCGGCGUCUUUCCGACAACAAAAGCCCGGACUAGACCCACCACUCCCUUCUCAAACAGGAAAUCUAAAACCUCUAGUACAUCUACUUUGCCUGAGUCUUUGCCUCCGACAACAGAGCCCCGGACUAGACCUACCACUCCCUUCACAAACAGGAAAUCUGAAACCUCUGGUACAUCUACUUUGCCUGAGACUUUGCCUCCGACAACAAAGCCCCGGACUAGACCUACCACUUCCUUCACAAACAGGAAAUCUGAAACCUCUGCUACAUCUACUUUGCCUGAGACUACGGCGUUCACAGGAGCGACCACUUCGCAUGUACCAACGGAGGCAGGCGCGGAUCCCCAGGAAGGUCCAAAUUAUACAUUAAUUGGUGGGUCUGCAGCUGGAGGAGUACUGCUUCUUUUGAUUGCAGUAGUGGUGAUCAGAAAAUGUCUUUGCAGAAACAGCACAUCUUCAGAAACUACGGGGAGAUGGAAUGCUGGUAUGGAUUUUGAGAUGUCUUUGAGGAAGUGAGAACAUUUUAUAUCUGAUGACAGGUUUCAAAAUGAAAGUUUGCCUUAGAGAGAAAAAAUCUGAGAUAACUUCUUGGGUUACCUGUGGUCACAGUCCUUUACUCGUAUACACAGUAGUAAAGAGAAGCUUUUUUUAUACAAGCUCACUUUCGGAGUUGAUAGUUUUAGUAUCAAUAUCAGUCAGUAACAAACAAAACAUAAGCGUUGCAACGUUAGUGGUAUCAAGAGAUUACA